AUGCGCACCGCUUUGGAUUCCGGCCCACUUCGAAGACGUAAGACUAUGUGAACAACAAAAUUCAUGCUACGAUUAAUCGAUUAAUCGAUGAAUCGCGAUUCGACAGUUCAUUCAGCAUCGUUGGAAUUUGAAAAUUUGCAGUCAAUUUCAAAUUGCUACGACACUCCGCCGUGACGCCGCGAACAGUUUAGCGCGUAAAUCGACAUUUUAUUUUCGAACGAAAGCGAGCUCAUUCUGCUCAACGACCGUUCACUCUCCGUGAUUGUCCAGCGUUACUGCUUCCGAAAAGUUAGUGAAACGUGUUUUUAUAAUGCUUUUUUUAAAUGUUUUUACUCAUUCAAUUACGUCUCCCGCUCCUUCUUUCCGUUAUUUAGGCCAAAAAGAGCACAAUUUGUAUUAUUGACUUUUUGCACAUCUUUCUUCUUUCAAUUUUGAUGUUGGCUUCAGUAGAAAAAUAUUUCACUUGUAGAAAUGGCUGACGACGACGAUUUCCAAGAUAUGGACAAUGACGAUUUCGUCGAUGACAACGAGAUGGAAGACGUAAUCGAGGAGGAUCCGCAACGUCCGGACGCGGAUGACGAAGACGACGAUAACGUCGACGAGAACUUCGAACUGUUCGAUCAGGGAAAGGCCGUCCCGACGAGCGAGCACGUCACAACUCCGUUCAUGACCAAGUACGAGCGUGCCCGUGUUCUCGGAACCCGUGCUCUGCAAAUCGCCAUGGGAGCUCCAGUUAUGGUGGAGUUGGAAGGAGAGACUGAUCCGCUCGAGAUCGCCAGAAAAGAAAUGAAGCAACGUCGCAUUCCGAUCAUCAUCCGCCGUUAUCUUCCAGACGGAUCCUACGAAGACUGGCCGACCGAACAACUUCAACUCGCUGAUUGGUAG